AUGCAAGAUUUUAUGACAGAAAUUCGAAGACAAUUAAGAAACUAUGAAACUAUUCUUAAUGAUGAUGUUAAAGAAUUUGAUAUAAAAUUAAAUGCUAUUCGAGAUAACCUAUCGAAUUAUAUUCAAAGACAAAUUCAAUAUUUGGCAAAUGUUGAACAACAAUAUCAACAAGAAUUUAAUUAUCUCGACGAAGAAAAUAAAAAAACAUCAAAAAUUAAUCGACAACAAUUUGAUAAAUUAUGUUUAUCAAUAAAUCAAUACGAUGAUAAUUCGAAAAUAGUAACAAAAUUACUCGAAAAUUUUCAAAAAACAUUUCCUUUGAGACCAAUUAUGUUAAAAUCAAUACCUGAAUAUGAGUAUAAAGAUAUCCAAAUAAAUGAUUUUAUUAAAAAACAAGAAAUAGAUGAAAAUAGAUUUGAAAAAAACUUAACACUGCCAACAACUAACUAUGAAGCUGUCUCUUCUACGUUGAAUGAUGACGUAUUAACUGAGAAUAACGAACAAGACGAAAAUUUUAAUACAUAUCGAAAUAGCCCAUCAGAGCUUUUACGUUCAUCUAAUCGAUCUCCAUCGGUUCAAGAACAUUCAUUUAUUACAACGGAAUCAUCAACUAUACAGAAUACACAAAUCUCCUCAUUAGUAUCAGGUUCAAUAGGUUUUUCCUAUCAUAAACAACUUGCUUCACAAAACAAUGACUAUAACCUUGAAUCACAAUCACGCUUAAGUUCAACUUGUUCAACAAAAGCUGGGCCUGAUAUGAUGAUUGGACUUCUCUUUAAAAUUCCUUACCAACAUAAUCGAAAUUCUUAUUUACUAGCUUAUCAUGAACGUGAAAACUAUCUUCUUAUUUACUCGCCAUGUAAUCAUAAAUUAGAAUAUUUAUCCUUCCAUUCACAUCAAAUAUCUAAUGUUAAUUUACCAUCAGCUGAUACUUUAUUAAAUCUAGGCUAUUCUACACAUAACGAUUUAUUUUACUUGAGUAGUCGAAAAAAAAAGAAUUUGGUAUUAUUUCGAUUAAAUCAACAACAAAUAGAAAUCGAACGAGAAAUUCCAUUAGUAGAAAAAAAUGAUUAUCUUAUCAAUGCACAUAUGUACAAAAAUUUUAUCGUCUUUUUACAUCAAUCCUCAUCUAGAGUUAGUCUGGGAAAAUAUGAUAUUGAAAAAUCAUCUUUCCUUCCGCAAUUUAAUUUCCAACAUGAACUUUAUGAUGAACAAGAACAAUCUUCAUAUGAAAUAAUGGAUUUUGCAAUUAAUAAUAUCUACAUUAGUUUUUUAAUUCGUUUAAUAAAUAAAAAUAAAUUCAUGAUAGUUAUCCAUGAUUUUAUUAGUAUGGAUCGAUUGCAAUCGUUUGAUUUAAUUGAUGCUAUUAAACCGUUAUCCAUCAUUUCAACUGACAGAAAAUUGGAAUCAACAGCGACGUCUGCGUGUAACGAUGAGAUAGAAGGAUUGUUGUUUGUCAAUGAUGUAAAAAGUCAUUUAAUACAUUGUUGUAGUCAUCAACAAUAUUUAAUACCAAUUCAAGUCAAUGCUUUUGGAAUAUGUCCUUUAAACAAUGGAAAUUUAGCUUUAGUCGCUGGUAAAGAUAUUCGAGGAUUAAAUGUUCAAGAUUAUCUUCAACAAAAUAAUGUUCAAUUCGAUUGA